ACCGACGUACCAGCAAUCAACCACCAACAACAUCCAGGUCACUGUGAGAUCGAGCGUUAUCAGAGUUCGAGACCUCGAUUAGUUGAGUCGGUCAGCAGCAUUCGUCAACCCAGCAUUCAGCCCUUUGUCUUCCUUUUUGCUCAGCAUCCACCCCGUCCAGUGUUUUCGUUUGCAACACCAUGGCUACCGGUAACCCUCCCGUCCGCCUUCCUCUCUCGACUCGCUCGAACAACCUUCACAACCUCCUUCAAACACCCAAACGUGCACAGGCUACUACGGGCAUCACUAAGCCUGGCUUGGUCGAUGUGAAGCCGAACCGUUCCGUGGCUGUCACACCAUCCAAGAGGAUCCUCGACCCAGCUAAAGUCGGAUCAACACGCAAGUCUGCGAAACGUACCUACCAUGAUUCUCCUAACGGCCGUGUUGCUCCUCCUAACCUGUUGGCUAUUGGAACGAAGAAGGCACGUGUGAAUGCUCAGGAGGAGGCCUCGAUGAAGACCAGAAUCGAUCUGUGGGUGAAGCAGUAUCGCGAUGCGUUUCCCAGCUUCAGGUUCUACUUUGACAAUGUGGAUCCUGCGGCUAAGGCGAAGGUUUCGCAGCAAAUCAGAAUGUUUGGCGGGCAUGUUGAACCAUAUUUCUCGAAUCAAUGUACGCACGUCGUUACGACCCGGCCAAUUCCCACUAUGGCCGAUGUAGAACGGAUCGAGAGGGAGGCCGCUGCCAAACCUGCCGCACCCGUUCCGGCACCAGCACCUACGCCUCUCAGCAUUCUCGGAGGCCUUGGAGACCAUCUUCUCAAGAAGCGUGCUGCCGCCAAAGUCGAAGAACCACAGGAUGAAAGCGACGAAGCCAAGGACGUCCUCGUCAGAGCCAUCAAGCUCAACUUGAAGAUCUGGACAUGGGAUAAAUGCGUCAACCGCAUCUUGAAGAACCUUCUUGAGUACUGUCCUGAGGUUGCUAUGGCUACUACACAGCAGACGGCUCCUUUGCAGGCUUUGUUGCGUGAGGAGAAGGUGUACGGAACGAUGGAGCGUGAUCCGACUGCGCCGGGUGGUGACUGGGUUUCGUUCAAGGGACCGUACAUCAUUGUAAGGGAUUUGACGGGUGUGCACAGGCCUAUCAUGAUCAGGGAGUAUAAGAAGGUUGAAAAGGGUAAGGAGAGGGAUGACAACCAGUGGCCGCAGCUGAGGGCGACGAGCUUAGGCAGAUGUCCUUUCGUCAGGGACCCCCACAUUGGUCGCACUGUCAAGCCCAACACUGCUGCUACGGCGACUACGGCUCUCCCUCAGAAACCUGCUGCCACGCAGAACGCGCUUCAGGUUCCUUUGAGGGAGUCUAAGGUUAACAUCCUUGACAACUUUGCGAAGCCACUUCCUGCAUCCCGUGCUUCUCGUGGUGGUUACCGUCCCCGCGAUAUCGACGCCUCGGGUGUCAUGCCCAACUCCCUCACCUCCGCCAUCAAGUCCCAGACCUCCACUGUCCUGACCGGACCCCGCGAAGCCCCUCCCUCGAAGCAGGUCAUGGACAUGAAACGCAAAGUCCUUCAAGCCGGUUUCGAUGCUCAGUCCCGUGAACACGUCGCGCGUGACGCUAACGUCAAGGCUGUCGGCCGUGAUGUCGAUGCUAUCCGCGCUGCCCCCGCUCACGAGAGGAAGCGUGCUAAGGUUGAGGUCAAGGCUGGGUAUUGUGAGAACUGUAAGGAGAAGUAUGAUGAUUUUGAGAGGCAUAUCGUUGGGAAGAGGCAUAGGAAGUUUGCGAAGAAUGAUGAUAACUUUGUGGAGUUGGAUGAGUUGUUGAGGGAGGUUGUGAGGAGGCCCAGGGUUCAGUAAUUGGUCUGCAGCUGAGCAUGAGCGUCAAGAAUGAAGACGCAGAACGAGAGAGAAAGAGAGCGUGGUGAAUUAUUCAAAUUUGGCAAGUAUCGGUUAAGGGGACAUUAUCAUGGGAACUUCAUUUGGGAUUGCGUUUCAUUUUCUUAUCGCUGUGCGAUCCUUUUGCCU